UUAGAAAAACACGCAAGAAUUAUUUUUAUUUUUUCGAAUUUCCCAUACUUCACCUUCAAGCUGGGAAACACACGGAGUCGUAAAUCAUCGCUACCAUCCGAUCAGUCGAUCGAGAAUUACAUAGCCAAUCGCUAUGUAGAGGUAACCCACGGACAGUCGACUGAGCGACCCGCAAAGAAGGUUAGAACGCAUCAGCAAGAGAAUAGACGUGUGAAGUUCUUCGACUUCAAAGGACUAAUGGCGCCCGUGUUCACCGCCUUCAAAAACAAUGACGAGCAGAGUUUGGAUGUACAGCAUAUCGAUCGUUACGCAGAGUGGCUCAAAUCGAAUCGUAUAAAUGGUGUUUUAGUCAACGGCAUGACGGGCGAGGGUCCCGCCUUGGGUUUGGCGGAACGCAUGCGUAAUGCCGAGGCUUGGUGGCGCGCCGCACAGAAAUACGAUUUAAUUAUGUUUCUACAAAUCGGCGGCGCACCGCUGCCCGACGUGCUCGUCAUGGCCGAUCAUGCACACGAUUUGGGUGUACAUGCAGUGCUCUGUCUGCCCGAAUUGUUCUACAAACCCACCACAGUCGAACAGCUGGUGAGUUAUAUGCGUUUGGUGGCCAAGCGUUGUGCGGCGUUGCCAUUUUUCUACUAUCACCUGCCGAAUAGCACGGGCGUGUGGUUGAAUAUGCGCGACUUCUGCAAGCUGGCCGAGGAGACCAUACCGAAUUUCUAUGGCAUCCACUUCGCCGGCACCGAUCUGGAUGAUGGCGAAGCUUGCUUGAGCGAGGGACGCGUGAUUAUAUUGGGCAAUAGUCGUUUGUUGGCUUGCGGCUUGCUGGUGGGCUUCGAUUCGGCUUUGAUGACGUUCCUUAAUAUACGGCCCGAUAUGGGUUGGACGAUUUGGAAUGCCAUGUUGAAUAAUAAUUUGGAAGUGGCUCGUGAUACGCAAUUACUUUUGAAUAAUAUGAUGAGCUCAUACCUGGGGCGCUCCACUGAGGAGGGUUAUGUGCAGGCCAUGAAGCAAUGGUUUAAUAAUGAGGUGAUGCAAGGCAAUGGGCCGGGUUUCUAUAUAGGCGCGGCAAGAAGAUUUUUCUAAUGGCAUUUUUUGUUUUUGUUUUUGCUUUUGAAGUUUGUAGGAACAUUAAAGAAUUGCAUAUAUUUAACUGGAA